AAAGAAAAUUGUUGUUUCUUACACACAAACAUAGUAUAAACUUAAGCCGCCUUAAAUGCCUACUAGUAAUUUAGUACUAGUAGUUUUUGAUCUGUUUCACUGACAAAAAUCAAGUCUUGAUUCUUUGGCAUUUUCUCCAACUUCACAUCUACCUAGAUCACACUAUUUCUUUGUUUUCCAAAGAGUCAACUGAAUCAAGAACUGAUUUUUAGAUGGUAUUUUCUUGAAUCUUUGAAAUGUGAACUUGGGUUUUGUUGAAUCUUUAAUAUUGAACUAGAAAAAUUAAAAAAAAAUUAAAAAUAAAAAGAAGCCAAAAUGAGAGGAAGUUUAGCUGGUGCUGCACCUAGUCCUAUUGAACCUAGACAGAGGCUUUCUGUAUCCACCGAGGAAACAAGCAAACGAAGGUUCUUGAGAAGUAAAGUUUUCAGAGAUGGGGAGAGAGGCCUUCAUAGUCCUACCAAAAACAGGAAUUUUAGCUGCAAAUUCCCAACUAUAAAGCUUAUCUUAGGUGUUUUUGCUCUGGUUGCAAUUUGGUCACUCUGGCAUUCUCCAUCAAUUUAUAACACAGAAUACAUAUCUAGUUCAGGCGCUCGGGCUGCUUUGGUGCACAGAGAGUUAAGCGAUCAUUCUUCGGCUGAUCAACGUUAUACAUCACUUUUAGAUAUUGACUGGGACCAAAUUUCUCACGUUCUUGAGAAACUAUCUGAUAGACAUGAGUAUCAGGGAGUAGGGAUAUUAAACUUCAAUGACAGUGAAAUUGAUCAGUGGAAGGAAUUAUUACCUGAUGCUGAGCAUGUAAUCUUGAACCUAGAUCAUGUCCAGAAUAAUAUAACAUGGGAAACAUUAUAUCCUGAAUGGAUAGAUGAAGAAGAAGAAUUUGAGGUUCCCACUUGUCCUUCUAUACCCAAAAUUCAGUUUCCAGGUAAACCAAGGAUUGAUCUCAUAGUUGUAAAGCUUCCGUGCAAGAAUUCUAAGGACUGGUAUAGAGAUGUAGCUCGUUUUCACUUGCAGCUAGCAGCAGCAAGGCUGGCUGCUAGUAAUAAAGGGUAUCAUCCAAUACAUGUGCUUCUGGUUACUGAACAUUUUCCAACUCCCAAUCUGUUCACCUGUAAAGAGUUAGUUGUACGUGAAGGCAAUGCAUGGCUAUAUGAACCUAAUCUGAACACUUUAAGAGAGAAGCUCCACCUCCCUGUUGGGUCAUGUGAACUUGCAGUUCCUCUCAAGGCUAAAGCAAAUUGGCACUCUGGAAAUGUAAGAAGAGAAGCCUAUGCAACUAUUCUCCACUCAGCAAAUUUUUAUGUAUGUGGGGCCAUAGCUGCAGCUCAGAGUAUCCGCAUGGCAGGUUCAACAAGAGAUCUUGUGAUACUUGUUGAUGAAACUAUCAGUGACUAUCACAGGGGUGGUUUGGAGGCUGCCGGUUGGAAGAUCCACACGAUAAAGAGAAUAAGGAAUCCUAAAGCUGAACAAGAUGCAUACAACGAGUGGAACUAUAGCAAAUUUCGCCUCUGGCAGCUGACAGAUUAUGACAAAAUCAUCUUCAUUGAUGCGGAUUUAUUAAUACUGAGAAAUAUUGAUUUUCUCUUUGAGAUGCCUGAAAUAACCGCAAUAGGAAAUAAUGCCACCCUUUUUAAUUCAGGUGUGAUGGUUGUUGAACCAUCAAAUUGCACAUUUCAGUUGUUGAUGGAUCAUAUCAAUGAGAUUGAAUCGUACAAUGGUGGGGAUCAGGGGUAUCUAAACGAAAUCUUCACCUGGUGGCAUAGGAUCCCGAAACACAUGAACUUUUUGAAACAUUAUUGGGAAGGUGAUGAGGAGGAGAAGAAGCAAAUGAAAACACGUCUUUUUGGUGCUGCUCCUCCAAUUCUCUAUGUCAUACACUACUUAGGUUUGAAACCUUGGUUAUGCUUCAGGGAUUACGAUUGCAACUGGAAUGUGGAAAAGUUGCAGGAAUUUGCAAGUGAUGUGGCACAUAGGACGUGGUGGAAGGUCCACGAUGCCAUGCCGGAUAACUUGCAUAAAUAUUGUUUGCUUAGGUCUAAACAGAAGGCUGCACUGGAGUGGGAUCGAAGAGAAGCUGAGAAAGCUAACUAUUCAGAUGGCCAUUGGAAGAUCAAAAUAAAGGACCCACGCUUGCAGACUUGUUUUGAAGAUUUUUGCUUCUGGGAAAGCAUGUUAUGGCACUGGGGCGAAACGAACUGGACAGAAAAUGCCACAGCUUCUCCAACACCUCCCAAGGUCAAUACUGCUUCGCUUUCUUCGUUGUAACUAGGAGGUUCCAUUACUAUACCUUGCUACUUCUGUAAGUAAUACAGAAUCACAACUUGAAUGUCAACCAAUGCCAUAAGUAUAAAUGGUAUUAACACUUGCCCCGCCCUCGAAUAUAGUCUGUUCUGCAGCUGUGUUACUUCAAUUGUUUGA